GCCCACCCCUGGCUUCUUCCCCAACUUUGGCUCUGUGGUGAGGGAAUUUAUCUGACCUCGGCGGAGACACAGAAACACCCAGAAGCCUCCAUGAGGUGGUGACGUCCAACACAAGGAGCUGUCAAUCCUUUUUCUUCCACCAAGAAGAUCACUCUGCUCAUCUGGAACCACAGUGGGACAUUAAAGGCCACAAUAUGGCGUCUGAGAUCCCAGCAAUUACACAGCCCGACGCUCCAAGGACUGACAGCGUCUUCUCUGUCCUGUCCGGCUUUUACUCUCUGGACUCUGGCGUUCCUGGACUCUCUCAGGUGAUUCUCGACAAGCUCAACAUGAAGGACUACGGAGAAUACAGGGCUGCUGUUGAGGGAAAGGUUAAAGGCGCGUCAUUCCGCAACUACAAGGAGAUGUUCCAGAAGAUGGAGGAGACCUUUGAGUUCUGUGCCAGCUGCAACAAACUCCCGGCUCAUCUCACCGAGGGCCAGACCCUGAAACGCUGUGCGAAGUGCUUGAAUGUGUAUUACUGCACCAAGGACUGUCAGAAAAAAGACUGGCCUCAGCAUAAAAAGGUCUGCAAGAAGCUGCGCCUGGUGGCCAUUGACAGACUAGUGGAGUGGCUGAUGUUCACUGGAGACCUCCCAUUCCCCACCGAGAAGUGGUCCAAGACAGCUGCUGAGGUGAAGAACUGGGAUGACUGGCUCGCCACGCAGGGGGACCUCACGCCACGUCUUGAUGCCAUCUUGUCUGGUGCCAAAAUGACAACCCUUUGGAAGAACGUCAGCAGGCCGAGGCCAGAUGACUCUGACUUGCGACAGUCUUUAUGGCGGAUUCAGAGCGAGUUCCUCUCUCGAGUCCUCACAGUUGGAAUGGCCAUCCAGCACUUCUGCCUUAACCCCCAUGCUAAACCACUCACUAUCCACAUAGCAGGGGCUUCCCACAAUGAGACCAUGGGAGCCAGACUGACAGACUAUGAUGAGCUUAACAAGAUGUUCCCUGGACACCAGGGCAUAGAGGUAGUCAUGGUGGGACCAGAGGUGGUGGACGGCCCCGUCAUGAGGCCUCCUCUCAAGGCGUUUGGCCCCAGGCAGAGGGUCUUCAUCAGCGCCCACAAGGGCCUGUAUCAUGACUUCUGGGAGAACGUGUUGGAGAAAGACGAAGCAGCCAAGCCAGAUUUGGUGGUUGGAUUUCAUCCUGGGUUCCACGCUAACCAGGGUCUGGUGGAAGGCUGGCUGCCCACCCUCCUGCUACUCAGAGAUUAUAACAUCCCCUCCUUCUUCACUAUGUACAGCGAGAUGGAGCUCAAGUGCUCACUUCAGAUCCUCUCGGAGUUGGAGGUGCACAUCGGGGACAGUGGAGCCAAUCCGUUCACCUCACAGAAACCAGAGCAGGUCCAGUCCUGCCCCAACAAAAGCCCUGUCUACUGCAACUCUCAUUACAUCUGUUUCCAGGGACUGCAGCCUCAAGUAGACUUAGAGGACUUUGGGUCAGACAAUUAAGAGGCAAUUAUAAGGGAAAAUCAAAGCCUGUCUGAGGUGCCACAAGCCCUCGCCUUUAAAGAUGCGAUUUUAAAAACAGGAUUUGGGGAUUUCCUGGGGUCUUGUGGGGGCUUCCUGCAGCCUUUUAUAGCUGGACAUUGCUCAGCUGUGCCGCCACUUGGCAGAUGUGGAUGCUGAAUAUGGGGCAGAAAACCGCACCUUCACCACCGCAAACAUGCACCAAACAUCACUCAAAGCUCAUUAUGGAGGAGGAUGGCACCUGAGGGCACCAGUGGGGCACAGGGGUUUGGACUCUGUUGGUGCCCCGAGGUGGCAUGUUACUUGGAUAUGAAGGGUCAUGGGUGUACAUAUGUAAUGAGACCAGAAUGAGUUCAGACAUUAUUUGACGGUUCUCUGUAAUUUGUUCUGUGGCUAGACGUAUUCCCAAAUCUCACAGUAACACAUGAUCUAAACUGACACCUAAAUAAAUUAUACAGAGGCA